AAGCUAAAAAGGUGAAAGGGAUCAGUGAAGACAAAACAAAACUGAUAGGGACACGAAGCGAAGCCAGCGAGCAAGAUGCCCAGAACUACACGCAGCUCGGUACAACAAAGGCUCCAAUGCAUACAAGUUAUCGAAGAAUUGCAGGAGGAGCUCAAGUUGUUACAGAUUCCCAACGAGAAACUGAAUGGUGAGGGGCUCAAUGGUCUGAGCUACUCUGAGCUAUCUUCAAUUGAAAACAUGCUAAACCAGGGUUUAGUCGUUGUGGAAGAACAAACCGACAAGGCCUAUUAUGACUUCGCAACCAUGCAGAUUGUGGAGAGCGAUGUUAUGGGGAUGGAUUGGACUGACAAACUCGAGAAAGAGGAUUUGGCCUAUCAAGCGCGUCUGUCAAGAAGAAGAACAGCUGUGAGGAACAAGUCUAGAGAACUCCGCCUCAGCCCUCAAGACAGCCAACAGGAGCAUGGUCAUGACCAUGAAGAACUGAUGUUAACCAUCGAGUCUUUGAAGAUCGAGAAGAAGAGAUUGCUGCUUUUGAGCCAACGAAUGAUUGGUAAAGAGCUUGACGGUAUGAGUUACGCUGAGCUGUAUGUGUUGGGCUUUGAUAUAACGCGUGCUCUUAUGAACGUAAUGCAAGAGAUGGACAAGAUAAAACAUGCCGCCCGAGUCAGCAAGGAAUCAAUCUCCCCGGGACAGAUAUGAUCAUCUCACCAUGGCUCGUGACUUUAGGUAGCAACAUCAUGGAAUCGUUUUUUUUUUUUAAUAUAUAGUCUUGUGGACUAUCUACUUGGAUAAUUUUAUGGUGGUUCUAACUUUGUGU